UAUGGCCCAUUUUCUGAGAUAUGCCAGUGUCUGGGCCUGGAAUCACUCUCGACAAGACACUGCUAUAACAUCCAGAGUGUAUGUGCUGCCGGAAGUUACCAGUGUCUGGAACUUGCACAAUGAGGCAGUGAUGGCAGCAACUGGCGGGGCGGCUAUCAAACCCGUGUGAUAGAAAUUGAAGAUGUUGGCUUUAUUAAAUUAAAUGUAUGGUAAAUAUAUUUUCAGGAUCACAAUGUGACAAUUUCCAUACUAGCCACAGACUGCCACCCUGCAGUGCAGAAUAUGCUACGUGAGGACCACAAGACCAUCAAGCAUGAGUUUGACUUGUGGCACAUUCUGAAAGGUGUGAAGAAGCGGAUGCUCGGAAUACCGAGCUGAAGGAGUGGGUGCGCAUGGUAUCCAACCAUCUUUGGUACUGUGUGUGUACAUGUAAUGGUGACGCGUUACUGCUGAAGGAGAAAUGGACGUCCAUCCUCCAUCAUAUCAUCACUGUUCACGAGUGGCUGUCGGCAGAGAAGAUGCUGAAGUGUGAAUACAAGCCUUAUUCUGAAGAGGAUGGGAGUUCCCGACCUUGGUUGGAGCGUUCAUCCAAGGCCUUUGGCACUCUACAGAAAGUGGUCAUGGACAAGAGACUGUUGAAAAAACUAGAUAAGGUUACAGAAGGGAUCCAUACUGGCGAGCUGGAGAGCAUCCAUUCUUUGUAUACAAAGUACGUUCCAAAGCGCAAGAAGUUCACGGAGGAGAGCUUUCAGGCACGCCUCGCUGCAUUGGAUCACAACCACAACAUCGACCGUGAGCAGGCACAGACCACUGCAGUUCAAACUGCAGUACUCGAAGCCUGCUGGAGGAUAUGUGGUGAAGGCGAUGAAGACACCAAAAAGCUACAACUUCCGAAGAGAAAUCAUGACUCAGAGGACCGCAGAGAAGAGGGAAUUCCCACACCCACUGCGUUAGCGAUGACUCAAGGGGAAUCCCAAAUAGCCACACCCCGAAAGAGAAAGAGGGAUUUGUCAGAGCUACAGCGGGAACUGACGGAGAAAGAAAUUGUUCGUGUGGAGGUGGAGACCGUCAAAUUGAGAGCGGAACACAAACAAAUUUAG